ACUGCGGGGAGCCGGGGACGGGCUCUACGGCAGCCGGGAAGCGGCGAUGUCGGGGGACGGGGAACGCUCCCCGUUGCUGCCCGCGGAGCUUGGCGAGCCUGGCACUCCCGGGGCCCUGGCCGGGCCUGGCGGGCUCGUCCCUUCCGCGCCGCUCCCACCCUACGGGGGCCCUGCGGCAGGGAAGCCGGCCCCGCCCCAUGGCUUCCCACCGUUCCCAGAUGGGCAUCCAGCUGUGCUGCCUGGGGAGGACCCCCCGCCCUACUCACCCAUGGCCAGCCCUGACAGUGGCAGUGCCCCCAUGAUCACCUGCCGCGUCUGCCAGAGCCUGAUCAAUGUGGAGGGCAAGAUGCACCAGCACGUGGUGAAGUGCAGCGUCUGCAACGAGGCCACGCCGAUCAAGAACGCCCCCCCGGGGAAGAAGUAUGUGAGAUGUCCCUGCAACUGCCUGCUGAUCUGCAAGGUGACGUCCCAGCGAAUUGCCUGCCCCCGGCCCUACUGCAAAAGAAUCAUUAACUUGGGCCCGGUGCACCCAGGGCCCCUGAGCCCUGAGCCCCAGCCCGUGGGAGUGCGGGUCAUCUGUGGGCACUGCAAGAAUACUUUCCUGUGGACAGAGUUCACAGACCGCACCUUAGCCCGCUGCCCGCACUGCCGCAAAGUCUCCUCCAUCGGGCGCAGGUACCCCCGGAAGAGAUGCAUCUGCUGCCUCCUCCUGGGUGUCUUAGUGGCUGUAGCUGCCACAGGCCUAGCGUUCGGCACGUGGAAGCAUGCCCGGCGGUAUGGUGGGAUCUACGCUUCCUGGGCGCUGGUCAUUCUCCUGGCUGUGCUGUGCCUAGGCCGGGCCAUGUACUGGGCCUGCAUGCGAGUCAGCCACCCCGUCCAGAACUUCUCCUGAGCCACCCCUGCUGCAGGGAGCCCCGUCCAUCUCAGCCAGCUUCUGCCCAGCCCCCGGUCCGCUCCUGUGCCUCUCGCCUUGGUUCUGCUCCCCUCCCAUCCCGCCGGACCCUGAGCAGGAGACCCCCAUGGGACGUGACCAAUGGAGGCGGCUGCGGUGGUCUCAAGGGCAAGGGGCCCACCAGGCCAAGAGGGCAGCUGAACUAUGGUAGCUCUGUCUGGACCAACCCGAGAGGGAGCUGGAUUACAGUGGCUCGGCUGGGACCCACCACCCAGGAGAUGGGGAACCCACCCAGCCAAGGGACACUGGGUGACGGAGAUGGGCCCCGACCUCCCCCUUUCCCCCCAGCCAAGGAACACUGGGCGACAGAGGUGGGACCCCCCUUCCACCCACCCCCCAAGGGACACUGGACGAUGGGGCUGGGACCCACCAACCCGAAGACCCCACACACCCAAGAGACACUGGACGAUGGAGCUGGGAACCACCGCCCCAGAAACCCCACACACCCAAGGGACACUGGACGAUGGAGACGGGACCCACCACCCCGGAGACCCCACACACCCAAGGGACACUGGACGAUGGAGCUGGGACCCACCGCCCCCACCCAAGGGACACUGGACGAUGGAGCUGGGACCCACCACCCCAGAAACCCCACACACCCCAGGGACACUGGACAAUGGAGACGGGACUCAUCACCAUUGAUACCCUGCGCACCCAAGGGACACUGGACUAUGGAGCUGGGGCCUCCUCCCCCUCCUGACACCCCCCGCACCCAAGGGACCCUAGCUGACGGAGCGGCGACCCACCACCCAGGAUGAGGUGGCCAGAGGGAAGAAGGAAGCCCUCAUGGCUGCUAAGUCACUGGGGGUCCCAUGUCCCUCCUGAUGGGGCACUGCCAUGCCCAGCACCCCCUUGGCCUGCAGGGAAGUGGGGCAGGAGGGGGCCCCACAGCGGGGAGGCAUUGAGUAAAUUCUGGGGGGGGUGGGACCCAGUGGAGAGGGGAGCUGACAGCGGGGGAGAGGGGGAUGAGAAGGAUUCAGCUCACUGCCGCUUCAUGGUGGGGUCAUCUCUUAGGCCACCGUUCACCCCACUGAUCUGUGCUCUGUCAGCCAUACCCCUCCUCCCCACAAGCCAGACAGUCCUCUGCCCUGGGGCCACAUUGGAGCUGGUGCCCUCUAGAGGGAACAGACCCCAUUUCCCAUUCCCUGCCCCCCUGAGCCAGCUAGUGUCUGCCCUGGGGCCGGAUGGGAGCCAGCGCCGCCUAGAAGUGAAAGGCCUGUGCCCCUGCUCUGUUUAGGGACCAAAGGUAACUUUUAUUUGGGUGGGGUAGCUGGUGGGGAGCAGCCCCUGCCCUGAUCCUCCCCCUGGCAGGAGCAGCUGGGGGCACUGUCUCUAAUGCCCGGGGGGAAGCUGCUCUGGGUUUGCUCUUCCCUCCCCCCCCCCCCCCCCCCCCCCAUGGCUGCUCUGGUUCUUUGCACAUUCCGGGGGGGAGCCAAUGGGUAAUAGCCCCCUUGCAUGGGGGCCCUGAGCCUUCCCAGCAUGCCUCUGAGCUCCCCCACAGGGCUACCCCUUCCCAUCCAGCCCCUGACCUCCCCUUGGGCCGAUCGCUGCAGCCUGGGGAGCAGAGCGCUGCCCCCAUUGCUGCAUGGGGGGGGGGGGUGAUUCUAACUCAACCCCCUCUCCUGCUCCCAAUUCCUCCCCUCUCCACACGGCCCUGCACCGGCUCCCUUGGCUGGGCCCUGCCUCCUCUGGUGUGUGGUUUGAGGAUCCCCAGUGGGAUGGGGCAGUGGGAUGCAGGGGACCAGGGGUGAGCUCCCCAGAGGGCUGGUGAUGAGGGGUGCCUGGGGCUGGCCUCUCACUCGGGGAGGGAGAACGGAACGUCUCCGGUCUCAGUUCUUCAGGGAUCUUUGGGGGGUGGGAUGUGGGGUUCACCCCCUUUCCUGGGGCCCCCCGCUGCUCUGGCUUGUACAUACUGACCACUCCCCUGUACAUAGCUAUUUAAAUCCAGUCCCGGGCUUUCCCCCCACCCCACCCCAUGCAGCGGAGUCUGUCCCAGCCCUGAGGAGGGCCGGCCUGACUGAUGGAUGUCCUAACAGUGUAAAUAAAGAGAUUCCAUACGCCA